AUGAAGUUCAGCACUGGUGUCGCCACUCUACUGGCGUUGGCUCCCGCCCAUGGCCUCGCCAAGACUCACAAGCUGGAGUCUAAGAAGAUCCAAGCUGAUAUGAAGACCAAGAACCUCAUGUCGAACCUCGAGGCCUUCAAUGACAUUGCCUUCGCCAACGGUGGAAACAGAGCGUUCGGUCUGCCCGGCUACGACGCUUCAGUUGACUACAUCUACAAGCGCAUCUCCAAAGUCAAGAAUGCGAAAGUCUGGAAACAGAACUUCCCCGCUCUCUUCGCCUUCGUAGACUCAAUUGAGCUCAAGAUUGACGAUAAGCCCGUCUACGUCUACGGCCUGACUUACUCCCCCUCAACAUCUGAAGAAGGCAUCACCGCCGAGAUCGCCCUCGGUCCCGAAGGUGCCGCCGGGUGCGACGCUUCAUCGUACAAUGAUCUCGACGUCAAGGGUAAAAUUGUUCUCGUCCAGCGCUUUCGCUGCCCUACCGGUGGAACUCUCGCUGGAAGAGUCAUUCCCGCAGCAGCGGCUGGUGCAUCUGCUGUUAUUAUCUACCAUGAUCUUACGACGAAUGUUACUGCUGGUUCUCUUAGCCAACCUGAUCCCGAGAAGCAUGUCCCAGCUGGCUUCAUUAACCUUGUGGAUGGUGAGAAAAUCAAGGAGAGGAUCGAGGCGGGUGAGGCUGUGACCGCGCAUUUUCAGCAGACGCAGACUAUCGAGGAGAGGAUUACGCAGAAUGUUAUUGCUGAGACUAAGGGCGGUGAUCCUCGCAAUGUCAUCAUGCUCGGUGCCCAUCUCGACAGUGUUCAAGCCGGUCCCGGUAUCAACGACGAUGGCUCUGGCUCGUCCCUCAUCCUCGAACUCUUCCUCGCCCUCUCAAAGUACAAAACCAAGAACAAAAUCCGCUUCGCAUGGUGGGGCGCCGAAGAAAACGGUCUACUCGGCAGCAAGCACUACACCUCCACCCUCCCCGCCAAGGACGUCAACGACCUUCUCGUGUAUCUCAACUUCGACAUGGUCUCCAAGGGUUUCUUUGGUGUCGCCGACACUGACGGAAGUUCUCAUGGUUCAAAGGCUCCUAAGGGAUCUGAAGUUACCGAGAAGAUCUUUACGGAGUACUUUGAGAGUAAGGGUAUUGAGGUUACGCCUGCUGUUUUGACUAAUGGCAGUGAUUAUGCGCCUUUUUGGCAGAAUUUGAACAAGCCUUUUGGGUUCUUGCAUACUGGCACGGCUGUUGCGCAGGAUCCUUGCUACCAUCAAGCCUGUGAUACCAUCGAUAACCCCGAUUCCAAGACUCUCACCAUUAAUGCCAAGGCUGCUGCACACAUUCUGGCUGUCCUCGAUGACAGAGGAACAAAGCUCAUCCCCAAGACCAAGACCACUGCGGCUUCGUUGCAAGGUCUCCAAGAGCGAAGUGUCGGCCCUGAUCUGGCUCAGAUUGACGAGCUUGAGGCUAUGGGUAUCCGACACUUGGGAUGCGGUAUUCACGAGAUCUGA